AUGAGCGCCUGGCGGCAAAAAAUGCCGCCGCAACGAGGCGGUGACAUUUCCACAGUGGGUGGGCGAUGCCCGCGCCUGGAUGCACACAGAGAGAUGCGCGAAUGGCGAGUGCAGUGCGAGAAGCGAAGGAGCAUUAUCGCUGCCGUCUCUCUGUUACCCCACGCCCUCUCACUUGCGCACCCCUCUUCUGGGAGGGGCGAGCGUCGUGGGCGCGUGGCGGGGACGCACGGUGCGGUGGUGGGGGUUUUCAUUUUGCUGCGCCGGCAGGAGGGCAGUGGGCGGAGUGGCGCCGUCCCCGUGCAAUGA